CCUUCAAUCUCCUCACCAACGCUUGCUCCAUCCAAUCUCUCGUUAACAAGCAAGCAACUUAGCAAGCAGAGUAAUUCCAAGAGAUCGAGAUCGACAUGGCUCGCGCUCAGCUGGUGUUGAUCGCUCUCGUGGCGGCGCUGCUGAUCAUCGCGGCCCCGCACGCCAACGCGGCCAUCAACUGCGGCCAGGUCAGCUCCGCCAUCGGCCCCUGCCUGGCCUACGCCCGUGGCACCGGCUCCGGCCCCUCGGCUGCAUGCUGCAGCGGCGUCAGGAGCCUCAACUCCGCCGCGAGGACCCCCGCCGACAGGCGCACCGCCUGCAACUGCCUCAAGUCGGCCGCCGGGAGGGUCAGCGGGCUCAAGGCCGGCAACGCCGCCAGCAUCCCCUCCAAGUGUGGCGUUAGCCUCCCGUACACCAUCAGCACAUCCAUCGACUGCUCCAGGGUCAGCUGAACGACGACCCUGCAUGCAUGGCUCCAUCGCUGAGGCCGCCCGUCUCCAUACAUGCAUGCAUACUACGUAUCUACGAGUCUACACAAUAAAAUCUCUCCGUCGUGUACG